AUGCAGAACAACAGCGUGGAUGUCGAGUUGCAGCGCACGCUCAACGAGUUGUGCACGGAUCUCUUCGCGACCGCUGUGUUGGACGACUGUAGUGCCAUUCUGCAGUCGCUUGCGUUACUCGCUGAGGCAUUUCCCCAGGCCCAGUCGCUCAUCGGUAGACUGCUCAUCCAACCACCAGACAAUCAAGACCGACCACGAUAUUCAACUGUUUCGAAGCUGUCUCUAUUAUCAACAAACUUUCUCUACAAGAAGGAAACAGUCCGUAGUGCGGUCUCUUUGUUGGCUGUAUUAGCGAACAACAACCUACGAAACCAGCGACGCAUCGUUCAGCAUGUUGCUGGUGUUAAACUACCCAUCAAUCCAAGCAAACGUGGUGCUCUUGCAGCCGAGAGUAAUCUAUACGCUCUCACAGUCCCAGCCACCGUCACAACCACAUACCGGAGAUGGAAGAAGCGUCAGCAAGAACUGCACAAUUGUCGUCUACCCAGUGGUACACCUCCCUGUAGUGACGGGACCCCCAUGCCGUGCUACUGCGACGAUUGUCUGGGGGCAGAGCAGUUUUUGUCGACGUGGCAGCAUCAUUUCCACGACUUGUCGCGCUGGACUCUAGAUCCUGACAGAGGGACCGGUACCAGUAGCUCAAAGUCUCUAUCGACCGAGGAAUUUUUUCAUAUGUUCCUGGAAGACAAUCAGCUCCGAGUGUGCAGUGUGGGGAACGCAGUGGGUAAUGAGAAGAAGAUGGAGAGUUCAUGUACAAACAGGCAUCGCAGCGUGGUGUAUUACUUUGUGUCGCUUGAAGAAGCGGCGAAUGCAACACCGAGAACGCCGGUGCAAUUUAAUCCUCUACGUCACGUGAGUGCCAUUGCUAUUGCCGCCGAGAUUGACAUUGCAGCCACGAGAAAAGCGCAAGUACAGUCGGUCACUAUAUCCAACGAGAGUUUAUCACUGGAGUUGGAGGAAUCCAGUGCACUCGCAACAGACCAAGUCAUUCUCUUUACUGGCACUUCGGACAUUGAGUCGUGUAGAUCUGCGUUCCCAGAAAAUAAGGAAGCGUCUUCUAUAUCUCCGAAUCAAGCUAUGGACAACAACGAGCGUCUACUGUAUGAUUUUCUUCGGUUUGAAGAGCAGCAUGGUCAACUGGCGCAAUGUGGCUCUCUUGUAAGCGACGUGAGUGAAGACAGUGACGUGGUGGAGACGACGCGGCGGGUGCUGCAUUGUAUGCUCGAUUUUUGUGAGAGCACUGGCCAAAUUCCAUUGUCGGCGUUUCGCCGUAGCUUCUGCCGUUCUGUCGACUCCAAUGAACCUCUCGAUGAUUCAACUGCUUCAUGCGAAAUGGACGACAUCAAGUCUGCAUCUUUGAACGUCAAGGUCACCAUGACUGCCAUACUGACUGAACAAGCUCUGCAAAUCGACUGCACUGGAAUCACCAGAUCGUCUUGUACUUUCUCAACUCGAAUCCCACAGCAAGAGCUUCUUGAGAACAGCACGGGAGACAGAGGGAACCUCAGCUUACUCUGUUUAUCUGACGAAGCACUUGAGAAUUUGAUCCAGCGUUGCCGUAUUUGCAUGUGCGAAACCCAAGAAACCCACGAAGAUGAUGAUUCAGUGUUUUAUCUGCAACCAUCCACGCCAGACGAAGAAAGCUUGCAACCUUCAGACGACGAAGUCAGCGAGGGUCCUGUCGUAGCUCAUAGUGAGCAGCAAGACUGCGCUGUUCACCCUCCGCUUUGUGGACUAUCUCCCGAGGCAAAGCGAGUGCUGACAAAGCUGGAAACAGUUGUGUCGCAAGAAAAGUAUCGUAAAUUAACUUGCGACGGAUUCGCAACAGUCAUGAAGAAGCUCUCAAACGUGGUAGCAGACUGCAACAAACGCAUCUCGUAUCUCUCGACAACAAGAGAUAAAGAACUCGUCGUAGCUGUCACACAAGUCCACCGCACAGCAGCCAUUUCUCGAUGUCGCCACUGUCGUAAUCUGCUCAUUCAACUCGGCAAAAAAAUGGCAUUGAAAGCGACGCCAUUUGAUACAUCGGCUCCAAUCUCUCAUGACAAGCUGUUGCAUAUCGCCAAACUUGUACGUUCCUCUAUCCAAAGUGUACUCGUUCACAGUGAGAGCUUCGAUCCAUGGGAGAUUCCAGACGCACGUGUGGAAAAUCUGCAAUUAGAUCAUCGCGUCUGGGCCAGCGGCUACCCUGAUGCCGCCUUUUACCAAGAUACAGACGCACGACGUCGUCAAAACAGGAAGAAACAGCAGCAGCUCAGUAGGAAAUUGCUCCAGAAGAAGAAAAAAGCAAACGGUCAGGCUCGCGAAAUACAGCACAAGUCCGUGCAGGCUUAG